CAUACGUUUCUCGUUAGAGAAUCGGACCCCUCUGUAUGCUAACAGCUGACGCGUCGACCCACGUCGAUCAUCGCGAUGAAAUCGGAGUAAUUACGAUGACGGUGAAGGAGAGAUUGGAGGCCUAUAGGCGCAAGAAGCGCAGAGAGGAGACGAUGGAAUCGAUUAAGAGUGUAAUGAGAAACAUAUUUUCGUGGAAUCGUAAUAACAGAAUCGAAAAAUCCGUGGAAGAAUCCACAAGCGAAGAACAGGUUAAACUAUGCGAGCAGUCAGUGGAUGUCCAAGAGGAGGAAGUCCAGGAGGAGGACGCCCAGGAGGAGGAUAGCGUGCAGGAAUCGCGAGGCACAGUGUUGAACAGAGUAAUCUAUUUAUUAUACUUCUUGUUGUGGGCCACGCUGUACGUGAUCGCGCUGGAGUACGAGUUCGGUGCUGUCUACUUCGUACUGUCGGCUCUGGUCUUCAUCUGCUUGAACACCAGAUCUGGACCGAAGCGACGUGGCGAACCCAGCGCCUAUUCUGUCUUCAAUCCGAAUUGCGAGGCGAUAGAGGGUACCCUCGACGCGUCGCAGUUUGAGAAAGAAAUAAGAUAUGGUAUAGCAGGGGUACGAUAAAAUCGACAAAUUAGUAAAGUCUGAAUACUGAUUUGAUAUUAAGACGUUACUGGCAUUCCGAUCUAUUUAAUGUCAUGGUUGGACCAAAGUGCCGUAGAGAUGAGUGUGUAAUGCAAAUUUCAAAUUUCUAGUAAAUAGCUUCACGAUUUGAAGUUAAAUAACGUCACUCAUAUGUAUAUGUGACUUUUCCAAAUUUGUAUAUAUCUAAAAGCCAGUACUCUUAUUUAAUUUUUAUUUAAUUCGAUAUUUAAUUUAAAGGAAAUCUAGUGUUUCUUACAUAAUAUAUACGAGAUAAUCGCGAAUAUAAGUUUCGCAAAGUCCAGAGAGAUAUAAAAUGUGAUAUCGAAAGCAUAUGUUAGGCAUACAUGUGAGAAUAAGUAUUAUACCACGUUACUUUUGUAUUUAUACAUUUUUAUAGAGAUAAAUAUAUCUAUAUAUAUUUGUUUUACGCACUUGCAAAAUUGUUAUUGUCCAUUGCUGGGCAAUAAAUGUAAGACAAUAUACAGCAAAGUAAAUGCCAAAACGAUUUUCAUAUGUUUUUUAUAAUACAGGAACGAACUAUUAAGAUUCUUAUAAGACUCACUAAUUCAACUCGUUUUGCCACUUACAUUGCUUUGCAUAGAAAACCAAAUAAGACUGAGAAAAUAACGAAAAAAUAUAUUGUCACAUCAAGAAGCAUGUGUUUUGUAACAAUCUGUAA